UCUACUUCACAGGGGUUUGCUGCAGCAAGAUUUUUCUAUUUUGAGUAGGGUUUAGGAUUUCUCUGUGAAGAAUCAACAACACAUACGCCCAUGAAAUUUCCAAUUCGAUUUCCAUCCUCACCAGCUCCGUCACGACUGCGCUUCUCAGCGAUUCCCUUAAAAUAUUUAUCAUCCUCCUCUCUCACCACACCACUUCCCAACUUGGUCGAAUCGAGCUCAACUUCAGAACCCCUAACCACAACCCAAAUUCAAACUUUUCCUAAACCCAUUUCACAAAACGCCGAAUUCAGCCACAAAAACGCCGUUGAUGCCCUCUUGUCUUACCAGAAUGACCCUCAGACAGCCCUUGACUACGCCAACUGGGCCGGGAAACAGCGCGGCUUCCAAGUUGGGGAAUCGUUUUUCGUGCUGCUUCACAUUCUUGUAAGAUUCCCUAAUUAUCAUAAUGCAGCUCGGAGCUUGAUUAAUGAUUAUGUAUGCCGUGAUUCUGCCCCUUCGUGUGUUGUGGCUGUCGAUUGUUUGAUUGAUUGUGCAGAAAGAUAUGGUUUUUGGUUAAAGCCGCGGCUUUUUUAUUAUUUCUUGAAUGGAUAUGUCAGAGCACAAAGAUACAAGGAUGCUGAAGAUUGUUUCUAUGCAUUAGUUUCCCGUAGAAUAUUGCCUUGUCAGAUUAUUUUGAAUAAUUUCUUGAAAUCUUUGAUAAGGGCGAAUAUGAUUGACAAUGCACGCGGCUUGUUUAAGGACGUAGUUACGAAGGAUAUUAGUUAUGAUUGUGAUACUGUAUACAUGAUGAUGUGUGCAAGUCUGAGAGAUGGUAGGGUGGAAGAGGCGGAGAAGUACUUUUUGGAGGCGAAGAACAGUGGGAUUAAGAUCGAGCCUCACGUUUAUUCUAGUGCAGUUCGUGCUGCUUGUAUGAAGCUGGAAAGCGAUGUUGCAGUUGGGUUGUUGAGUGAGAUGAAGGAUAGGGGUUGGGUUCCACCGGAGGGUACGUUUACACUUGCAAUUUGUACUUGUGUAAAGCAAAGGAAUAUGGCAGAGGCGUUAAGGCUGAAGGAAGAGAUGAUUAACAGUGGACAUUCGUUGAAUUUGGUGGUUGCAACUAGCUUGAUCAAGGGAUAUUAUCAGCAGGGUGAUCUGAAUAGCUCGUUGGCGUUGUUUGAUAAGAUAGUUGAAGACGGACUUGCUCCAAACAAGGUCACCUACGCGGUCACCGUAGAAGGAUGCUGUGUUCAUGGGAAUAUGGAGAAGGCAAAAGAGUUAUACCAUCGUAUGAAAUCUGCAGGUAUUCAACCAACUGUGUACACUGUGAAUUCUAUAAUUAGAGGUUUUUUGCGAAUUCAAUUGCUAGAUGAGGCGAUGGGAAUAUUUGAUGUUGCUGUGAAGGAUGGUGUUGCUAAUGUUUUCACUUACAAUGAUAUGCUAUCCUGGUUCUGUGGAAACGGUAGAUUAGAUGAUGCAUACGAGAUGUGGAAUAAGAUGAUUGAUUGGGGGGUUGAACCAACGGUUGUUUCCUACAAUAAUAUGAUUCUUGGGAACUGCAGAAAAGGGAAUAUGGAUGUAGCACUCAACUUACUUUCUGAAAUGGCUGUAAAGAACUUAAAACCGAAUGUAGUUACUUAUAGUAUAUUGGUUGAUGGGCAUUUUCGAAAGGGUGAAACUGAAAGGGCCAUUGGACUGUUUUCCCUUAUGAUAAACUCGGGGAUUGUUCCAACUAAUGUCACGUUCCAUACGGUCAUCAAUGGGUUAUGCAAAGCUGGCCAAACCGCUGUAGCAAAAGAGUCGAUGGAUAAGUAUGUGUCGAUGGGUUUCAAGCCUGGUUGCAUGACUUAUAAUUGCCUUAUUAAUGGCUUUAUCAAGGAAGGUGUUAUUGACUCAGCCUUAGCUGUCUAUGAUGAGAUGUGUAGAGCCGGACUUGUGCCUAAUGUUGUUACCUACACCACUCUGAUUGAUGGAUUUUGUAGAGGACAGACUCUGGAUCUUGCACUGAACAUGUGGAAUGAGAUGCGUACCAAAAAAGUUACAAUGGAUGUCACUGCAUAUAAUUCUCUGAUCGAUGCCUUUUGCAAGAGAAACGACAUGAAGUGUGCAUAUCAACUUUUUGAUGAACUUAUAGAAGCUGGUUUAUCUCCAACGACUGCUGUUUACAACACCAUGAUUGGUGGUUUCAGAGACCUAUAUGAUAUGGACUCAGCGCUUAACUUGUAUAAAAGAAUGAGGAGCGAAGGGACUCGGUGUGAUUUGAAAACUUACACCACUUUGAUUGAUGGGCUGUUGAAAGUUGGGAAUAUAGAGCUUGCAACGGUUUUCUACCAGAAGAUGCUUGCAAAGAACAUCAUGCCAGAUGUCAUCACGUACUCUGUUUUAAUACACGGUCUAUGCAAUAAAGGACAGUUGGAAAAUGCUCGCAAGGUCCUUGACGAGAUGCUCAGUAAGAACAUCACUCCUAAUGCACUUAUUUAUAAUACACUUAUUGGGCGAAACUUCAAGGAAGGUAAUUUCCAAGAGGCUUUUCGGUUGCAUGAUGAAAUGCUUGAUAGUGGUAUUGCCACUGAUGAUACCACUUUCGACAUUCUCCUGAAUGAUAAGCUUAAGAAGAACCCAUCCCACCGGGAGUUCUUCUACGGUCAAGCUAUGUGACAUAGCUGCAGAUGUUCUCUGCAUUGUAGAACAAUGGAGAAAGCAGAGUAAGGCGAGACGAUCGGCUUUAAUUGGAGCAAGGUUUUCAUUGCCUGCAUUGGGAGAUGUCUGAAAACACUGGUUGCCUGUUGCUUCCCGUUCUCCGACUCAAACUCAAAUCAAGAGAAAGAGAUUCCCAAGCUAAUAGGAAACAGAAGGUACACAAACUCAACACCACAGAAUUCGAAAGCUAAUCUUUCAGAACAG